AUGUUCUUCCGCACCUUCUCCUCGAUCACCAAGUUGAGCCGGGGCUCUCAGUAUCUCCUUCGUCCAACUCAUCCUGCCCAUCUCCCGCAGACGUCCUUCUCCCUCACUGCACGCUCUUUCUCCGCGGUCAGCGCAGCCAUGGCAGACACUUCCGGUGUGACAGCGGAAUUGCUUCAGAAGAAGCUCGAGGAUGAGCUCGAGGCCAAGACGGUCAAGAUUGAAGAUCUCUCUGGUGGUUGCGGACAAGCCUUCCAGGCCGUCAUCGUCUCUGAUAAAUUCGCCGGCAAGAACUUGCUCGCGCGUCACCGUCUCGUCAAUGCGGUGCUCAAGGAGGAAAUUCCCAAGAUUCACGCCUGGACACCAAAGUGCUACACCACGGAGCAGUAUGAAGCGCUUGGAGAGUAA